CUAUCAUUCAACGUCAGACCGUCGAAUCGAGCGUGAAAACGUGCAAUAAAACCAAAGUUAACAAAAACAAAAAAAAAAAAACCAGACUACUUAAUGUCCCAGAUGGGCGGCACAUGCUUGUACGAUGAGCCCGAAAUCAUGGAGGAGUUCAUCAGCUGUUAUCAGUAUUUCACCGCCCUGUGGGACAGCAGCAGUCCCGAUUAUCUAUCGAAACAGAAAAAGGAGCCCGGCUAUCAGGAGCUAUUGAAGAUACUGCGACGCGUUAAUAGCAACUGUUCGAUUCAGGAUGUUAAGCGAAAGAUAAACUCGCUGCGUUGCUGCUAUCGUCGUGAAUUCAAAAAGGUACAGGAAUCGGUCAAUGGCUACCAGACGCGUCUCUGGUGGUUUCAUCUGAUGGAUUUCCUCAAGCCGGUACUCAACAUACAAUCGCCGGCCAGGGUGAAAUCCGAGAACGUGGACGAUAGUCUCGACGAGACCAGCAUUCAGGAUGUUGACAUUAUGUCUGAUGCCUUUCCACACGAAGAGGAUAUGCUACGUCUUGAUGCCGUGGGUGAUGGCGAUGUUGAACCGGAACCCGAGCCUGAUAACGAUCCCGAAUUGGAUAACAUGGAUGAUCAUGUUGAUGAUUAUCGUAACAAUUCAUCGGCUGGGAGCAUUAAGAACAAUGGCUAUCAGCAGCACACCGUAUCUUCGCACCAGCAGCAUAACGGUGAAUCGCAGACUUCGGAUAAAUCCGGACGUCGCAUCCGUAACCGACGAAGACGCAGUAGCAAUGACACCGAUUACGUUGAAGCGGCGAGAAAGCGUAGAAAUGUGGAGACUUCGAAUAGAGAUAGAGACUGGCAUAGAGAGCGGGAUAGGGAGCGAGACAGAAAGCAUGAAAGCGACAGCGAGUACGAGUGCGAGCUGAUCGGAAAACGGAUGGCCAGCCACUUCCGGCGUAUGCGUCCGGAUCAGCGACUUUUCGCCGAACGGAUCAUUAGCGAGGUGUUGGUCUACGGCCGAAUGAAUCGCCUUUCGUUCGAGACCCAAUUUAGUAUGGGUCAUAAAUAAGUGAAACUAAACUAAAACUCAUUUCGCAUAUGAAAAUGCGAUUGAAAACGUAUGAACGACAAUUUAAUUAUUUCAAAUUCUAUCUUUAACGAUCAUUUCAUUUGGCAUUACGGUUUAAAAAAAAAGCAUAAUAUUGAACGACAAAAUGCACUAUGUCCGUUAUAGCAAUAAUUAAUAUUGCAUAAGAAACAAAAAUGUAAUUAAGUUAAGCUGAAAACUCGACAAUAUUUUUAAGUUUUCGUAGUUUAAGUGGAAAAAUAGAUAGAACCGAAAUGAAUGAUAUUUUUAGCCGCCUGCAACGCUAAGCAAAAAAAAAACCAAAAAAAAAAAUGCAGAAAUGGCAAAUGUAAAGCGAAAACGGCUAAAAGCGAAAAUGCGAUGCAAAAGGGAAGGAGAAGAAAAGGGCAAAAACAAAAAGGAUGAAAGCAAAUAAAGGAACUGGUUGUUAUUCAUUUAAAAUUUGACUAAGUGGUUCUGCAUGCGGAUCCCUUCCCCUCUUCAUCCCCGCCCCCUUUCCCCGACAAGCAGCCAGCACAUCUUGUUUUGUCAGCCUGCCUUCUUCUUUCUUCUACUUCUUCAUCUCCUCCGCCUUCUUCCCGUUUUGCUAAUUUUCUGCUGCUGUGCUGCGAUUCUUUUAUUUCAGGUUUCUUUGCCUUGCCGCUGUGUUCUCUUUUCCUUCUUUACUCCUUUUCUUUUCUACACACUCCCAAUCUUUUCCUUUGCCGUUUCCUUUGCUUUAGUAACUUUAAUUUGUUGGCAUUGCCAUUGCCGUUAUACUGGCGUUCGUCUCUUUCUCGAAAUCUAUCGCGCCCUCUCGCACUGUCUUGCCCUUUCACUCAUUGCUCUAUUAUCGUUACACAGCCAAAUAAAAUGGGUACUUUUUAAAGUAAACAAUAAUCUCAAUAUGUUAUAUAACAAUAAAGCUCAUUUGGAAAAAGAAUAGUUCUCACAUUAUACACAAUGUAUUAUUGUUUUCUAUCAAUUAAAAUUAAUUAAAAUAAUUAAAUUAAUACUACUUAAAAUACAUACAUAUAGAGAGAAAUAUCGUUCUGUGUAAUUUUCGGUUAGGUCGGUUCUAUUUUCUUUUGAUUUUCUUUAUGAUUCUCUUUAUGAUUCUCUGUUUUCGCCAGUAAGAUGGUAAAUGACAGAAGGGCGGAAAACUACAGAAAGGGCUUGUCCUGUGGGAUUUUCUAUGCAACCGCCAUUCACCAAGUUUUCACACGUUAAUCACCAUAAGAAGUUUUCGCACUGUGUAGCCACAUUGCCGUUGGGGUUUCUUUUCUGGAUUUUUUUCCUUUUCAUCGUUUUAUUUUUGGGAUUUUCGCUUCUGACGUCGUUACAGUUGUUGUUGUAGCCGGCAUUUAGCCGUCUCGGGAAAAAAUAACAACAUUUAGCCAAAUUACUGUCCCCAGUUAUUUAGCCUCCUUUUUCCACCCUUUCCGCAUGCACUUGAAGAAGAAACGUGUACGUUUGUCAAGAUAUACAAGAUUGCUUUAAUGAAAAUAUGCACGAGUAGUACAUCGAGUUUUUGAGAAGUGCAUGAAAAAAUGAAACUUGUAGUUUCUGGAAAAUUCGCAUGUUUCCAAGUUUUGAUGUCCUUUGUGUGUGAGCGUAUGCGUGUGUGUGUGUGUCGCCAUUUGCCUUUCUCAGCGUCUUUGGUUUUGACAUUUUGCCUCCUUUACUAAACCACACCAACCCCCCCCCCCCACACAAUUGCCUUUACCUACCCCACCACACCCCUUAGUCAUACUUCUCCUACGGCAAACAGUUUUUGGUCGUAGUCAACCGCAUUAAUCCAUCCCCAUCUCAGCGUGUGUGCGUGUGUGUGUGUGUGUUUGUGGCACAAAAUGAAAAUGGCAAAACAAGGUCAAGUGUAGGGAGCAAAGUUUGUUUGAGUGGCACACACACGCACACACAAGCUACAUACAAAUAAGCAAAUAACACAAAAAUAAGAAACAUUAAGUUCACAUCACUUUUUCAUCAAGAGAUGCUCUUCAGAUUCAUAAUUUAAUACAUUUUAAAUGAAUUAACAUUAUAAUUUAUAUAUACUAUAUACUUCUUAAGAAAUCGAAAUGGAAUUGUUUUUGCCUUUUUUUGUAAUAUUGUUAGGCUAUAAAAAUCCAACAACGCGUCAUUAUUUUUUUUUAUUUUUCUAAUAAAUAAACAAGUUGUUUCGAUUUUAAUCAGCUGGUGUAUCGAGACUAAGUACAUGUGUCACAUGUAUGUAUGUACAUAAGUAUGUACAUAUGUAUAUUAGAUUAUAUAAGUUAGAACAAGUGAAAUCGUUCGAUAAGGCUUAGAAAAAUGAUUUCUUAUUAACAAAACGCCAAAAAUAAAUGAAUUGAUUAAC